UGUUUAUCUUGGCGGGUCGUAAUGAAAGUAAGGAGAGCAUAUUGUAGUUGAUUAUCACCUAGCAGUUAAGUAUGGUGUUCGUAGAUAACCUUCUCACUGAGAAAGGGUGUAAUCUGGGUUAUAAUUGAAGAAUCUCAGUUAAAGGUAGAAUUAUCCUGGUUGUAAUUGUUGUACAAGACUACAUGUAACUCUUGUACAGAUAAUUAUUGACAAGAUGUAUUUUUUUUAUUUCAUCAUCAGCUUCUUGAAAAACAGGACGUUCUUCAGAGGCACUGGAAAACAGUUGGAGCCAUAAUUUGUAGUGACAAAUUCAUAUUUGAGAAACAAGUCAGAAAGGCUCCACAAAUUGUCAAACAAAUGGUAGUCUGUAUCCUGAAAAAUGAUUGGUUUGGUGAUCUUGUUGAUGAUGUGCUGGAUGUUUUCAAGAAAUACUGUGUUACUAAAAGUGCAUUACAACAGAAUUACAAAGAUGUAAUAAAUAGCAUCAGAUAUCUACUUGAUGAAACUCCCGAGGAGGUAUACAAUAAACACCCUGAGAUAGUGGACAAACUGGUACCAAUAGUCACAGAACUUGUACAUAGGGAUGCUGAAAAUAUGGCUUGGGCUUAUGGUUACAUAGGAGUCAUGACACCGAGGAGCACUGCUAAGAAAGGAACUGAGCAAGCUUGGCUUAAGCUCAUUAAAGCCCUUGCUAAAUCAGGCACAGCUGAUGGGCUGAGGAGAUGCUACCAUAUCCUGGAUGAGGGGAAAUUCAAGAAGAUUUGGAAUUGGAAUCAAAAUUUCCAACAAGCCGUGGACUUAAUUCAAUCCGCCAAUGAAAUCCACCUUUACCUGACCGGAAACGAGAAGACAGAUGAAAAAUUAUUUGAUGCCUGGGGGAUAGUUAUCCGCCGUCUUCUGGAACAGUUUAAACUUGUUAAAAUCCAACAGAAGAUUCAUGGGGAGGUUGCAGUACUAGCCAUUACUAUGAUGGAGAAAAAGUCAAAAGAGCUGAAUGGCUUUGUUGAAAUAUUCCUAGGAUAUAUCACUCUUGUGGAUAACAGAGAUGUCAUUCCAGGCUUGAUCAGGAGAUUUUCGAUGCUGGUUUUCGACAUUGAUUAUAUGUGGGACCACCCUGACACAAAGAGAUGUGGACGCUCUUUCAUCCAGGCUGUCUUGAAUGCCUACAGUACUGGACAAGACAUACCUGACGGAGUCAACAAAACCUUCAUACGGAUGUUUAUAUGGACGAUGCAGACAGAGGGUUUGGAGUACAUGGAUUUACAAAACGGGACCGGAACAUUUUAUUGUCUUGUAGCUUCACAGUUCUUGAGGGAAUUUGCAAGCAAGCAUAUCGAUCAUCAUAAUGCUGAAGUUUGCAAACCACUGAUUCCAGCCUUAUUUAAUCAAAUGGAACAUGAGGAGAAAAAUCUAGUAGAUGCUAGUCGCGCUGUAAUUGGGAGAAUUGGUGCAAGUGCGCCCAACCUUUUGAAAGGACAUUUGAGCUCUCUUGUUGCUUGGUGCAAAUGCACAGGUUCCAUGAAUUCUUUUGGUGCCAUAUAUAAGCCGUAUGAGGAGAGUGAUGGAUUCACAAAGCAGGAAUUCAAAGAUAUCAUGGAAGCAAUAGAAGGAAAUGCAGAAGGAGAUUUUAACUUAGAGCCUUUGUUGCUAAAACCAAUGGCUGUGAAACAAGGGGAGCUCUUUACUCAACACCAUGUUGACUUUUUGAUCAGCAUGAUGGGAAAGCAGUACGCUAGGUACUACAUGCUACAGAUUUUGGGUGAACUUAUACCAAAACAACCGAAACUGUUUGGAGAUAGACUGAUCAAAGAUGUUCUACAAAAUCCAGAAAUAGAACCCGCACACUCGACAGGUAUUCAGAUGAUAGCUGUCAACCUCGGACUGACAAACCAG